CCAAAAAAUUCACGACCACACGCUUCAAGCCUUCUGUGUGUCGUCGUCCUCCACGCCAAACUUCUAAUCCAUCACCACCUUCAGCUUUUCAGCAGCCGACCACCGCAAACAUGUCUGAAGGCGAAGUCGAAGUGGCCUCCUCCAGCUACGAGGUCCUCCCCAAGGAGGUCCUGGCCGAGGUUGGCAGCGUCAAGCUCUUCAACCGUUGGAGCUACGAGGAUGUUGAGAUCCGGGACAUCUCCCUGACCGACUACAUCCAGAUCCGGUCUCCCGUCUACCUCCCUCACUCCGCUGGUCGCUAUGCCGCCAAGCGGUUCCGCAAGGCCAACUGCCCCAUCAUCGAGCGUCUCACCAACUCUCUGAUGAUGCACGGCCGCAACAACGGCAAGAAGCUGAUGGCCGUCCGCAUCGUUGCCCACGCCUUCGAGAUUAUCCACCUCAUGACCGACCAGAACCCCAUCCAGAUUGCCGUCGACGCUGUUGUCAACUGCGGCCCCCGCGAAGACAGCACCCGUAUCGGUUCCGCUGGUACCGUCCGGAGACAAGCCGUCGAUGUCUCGCCCCUGCGCCGCGUCAACCAGGCCAUUGCCCUCCUCACAACCGGUGCCCGCGAGGCGUCUUUCCGCAACGUCAAGUCGAUCGCCGAGUGCCUUGCCGAGGAGCUGAUCAACGCUGCCAAGGGUAGCAGCAACUCGUACGCGAUCAAGAAGAAGGACGAGUUGGAGCGUGUGGCCAAGAGCAACCGGUAA